GUCGUUGUUUCUUAAAACUAUUCAUCGUCAGCAACCUCGUCAUCUUAAAAAAUUAGAAAAAUUGGAAGAAAAAAGAGAAAUAAAAAAGGGGUGGAGCCUAGACACCUUCAACACAUAUUUUUAAUUAAAGACGCCCUUUUUUCGGAAGACCUUUCUCUCCGCUUUCCCCCCAUUAUUUUCUAUUAUUAUCUAACUGAUGAAAAGCCGAAAAAACGAGCCCACUUGGGUGACUAAGCCUCUGCUUAAACGCUCUCAUUCAAGUGACUCUUCAAUCGAUGAAUCAACUGUUAAACUCACAAAUUAUGGGAUAUUCUAUUACACUCAAGGAGUUGAUCUACUUCUUUUAAUUACUGGAACAGUUGCAGCAGUUAUUCAUGGAGCUGGUUUUCCGUUACUUGCUAUUGUUCUCGGAGGAAUGACAACAGUGUUUUUACGAGCUCAAAACUCGGAUUUCGUCGUUGGUGUGGAUAAUGUGAACCCGGAAGGAUUGGUCCCGAUAUCUCUAGAUGAAUUCAACUCGGAAGUUGUCAAGUAUUGUAUCUACUACCUGGUUCUUGGUGUACUCAUGUUCUUCACUUCAUAUGUACAAAUCGCUUGUUUUGAGUCGUACGCAGAGAGAUUGGUGCAUAAAUUAAGACAAAACUACCUGAAAGCCAUACUCAGACAACAAAUUCAAUGGUUCGACAAACAACAGACCGGAAAUUUAACGGCUAGACUCACGGACGAUUUGGAGCGUGUCCGUGAAGGAUUAGGUGACAAAUUCGCCCUUCUUGUUCAAAUGUUUGCUGCUUUCUUGGCUGGAUACGGAGUUGGCUUCUUUUAUAGUUGGUCAAUGACACUGGUUAUGAUGGGAUUUGCUCCGUUGAUUGUGCUCUCUGGUGCCAAAAUGAGCAAAAGCAUGGCAACGCGAACAAGAGUUGAACAAGAAACGUAUGCAGUCGCUGGUGCAAUUGCAGAAGAAACAUUCUCUUCGAUUAGAACAGUUCAUUCAUUAAAUGGACAUAAAAGAGAAUUGGAUAGAUUUUAUAACGCAUUGGAAGUUGGAAGACAAACUGGAAUUGUUAAAUAUUGUUAUAUGGGUAUUGGAGUUGGGUUCAGUAAUUUGUGUAUGUACUCUUCAUAUGCAUUGGCAUUUUGGUAUGGAAGUACUCUGAUUAUCAAUGAUCCUACUUUUGAUCGCGGUCUUAUUUUUACGGUUUUCUUCGCAGUUCUCUCGGGUUCUACAUCUCUCGGUGGCGCCCUUCCACAUCUUGCAAGUUUUGGAACAGCUCGCGGAGCAGCUUCAACAGUAUUACGUGUAAUCAACUCGCACCCAAAAAUCGAUCCAUAUUCACUUGAAGGAAUUCUCGUGGACAAUAUGAAGGGAGAUAUUUCAUUCAAAGAUGUUCAUUUCCGAUAUCCAUCUCGAAAAGAUAUUCAUGUAUUAAAAGGAAUUUCUCUGGAACUGAAAGCUGGUGAUAAAAUUGCUUUGGUCGGUUCAAGUGGUUGUGGAAAAUCAACAAUUGUUAAUUUACUUCAAAGAUUCUAUGAUCCAACAAAAGGAAGAGUUUUAAUUGAUGGAGUUGAUUUACGAGAAGUAAAUGUUCAUAGUCUUCGUGAACAAAUUGGAAUUGUUAGUCAAGAGCCAGUACUUUUCGAUGGAACAAUUUAUGAAAAUAUUAAAAUGGGAAAUGAGCAUGCUACUCAUGAUCAAGUCGUUGAAGCGUGUAAAAUGGCAAAUGCAAAUGAUUUUAUCAAAAGAUUGCCUGAUGGAUAUGGAACAAGAGUUGGAGAAAAAGGAGUUCAAUUAAGUGGAGGACAGAAACAAAGAAUUGCCAUUGCACGUGCUCUUGUCAAAAAUCCAAAAAUCCUUUUGCUCGACGAAGCCACAUCCGCUCUCGACACGGAAGCUGAGAGAGAAGUUCAAGGUGCAUUGGAUCAGGCACAAGCUGGAAGAACGACAAUUAUCGUAGCUCACCGAUUGAGCACAAUUCGAAAUGUUGACAGAAUAUUCGUGUUCAAAGCUGGAAAUAUUGUUGAAUCUGGAAGUCAUGAGGAAUUAAUGAGCAAACAAGGAAUCUUCUACGAUAUGACACAGGCUCAAGUUGUUCGACAACAGCAACAGGAAGCAGGAAAAGAUAUUGAAGACACUAUUUCUGAGUCAGCUCAUUCCCAUCUCAGCAGAAAGUCUUCCACAAGAAGUGCCAUUUCAAUUGCAACAUCUAUUCAUCAGCUCGCUGAGGAGGUUGAGGAAUGCAAGGCUCCACCCACCUCAAUGUUCAAAAUAUUCAAAUUCAACGGAGACAAAGUCGGAUGGUUUAUUGGUGGAAUUUUUGGAGCAUUUAUUUUUGGAUCAGUUACUCCAGUUUUUGCUCUUGUAUAUGCUGAAAUUUUCAAUGUAUACUCUUUGCCAGCUGAUCAAAUGCAAGCAAAUGUGUAUUUCUGGUGUGGAAUGUUUGUUCUUAUGGGAAUCACUUUCUUCGUUGGAUUCUUCACUUCUGCAAAUUGCCUCGGACGAUGUGGAGAGUCACUGACAAUGAAGUUGAGAUUUGAAGCAUUCAAGAAUUUAUUAAGACAAGAUAUCGCUUUUUAUGAUGAUUUGAGACAUGGAACUGGAAAAUUGUGCACAAGAUUUGCAACUGAUGCUCCGAAUGUUCGAUAUGUAUUCACAAGACUUCCAGUUGUUUUAGCAUCAAUUGUGACUAUUUGUGGAGCUCUGGGAAUUGGAUUCUAUUACGGAUGGCAACUUGCCUUGAUUCUUGUCGUAAUGGUUCCACUACUUGUAAUGGGAGGAUAUUUCGAAAUGCAAAUGAGAUUUGGAAAACAAAUAAGAGAUACUCAAUUGUUGGAAGAAGCUGGAAAAGUAGCUUCACAGGCUGUUGAACACAUUCGAACAGUUCAUAGUUUAAAUCGUCAGGAACAAUUUCAUUUCACAUACUGUGAAUAUCUUCGGGAACCAUUCAAUACUAAUCUGAAACAUGCACAUACAUAUGGAGCUGUAUUUGCAUUCUCUCAAUCUCUUAUUUUCUUCAUGUAUGCUGCUGCAUUCUAUCUUGGAAGUAUUUUUGUAAAUCAACAAGCUAUGCAACCAAUUGAUGUCUAUCGAGUAUUCUUUGCUAUUUCAUUCUGUGGACAAAUGAUUGGAAAUACUACAUCUUUUAUUCCUGAUGUCGUAAAAGCUCGUCUUGCUGCUUCUCUUUUGUUCUAUCUUAUUGAACAUCCAACACCUAUUGAUUCUCUAUCUGAUAGUGGAAUUGUGAAGCCGAUAACUGGAAAUAUUUCAAUCAGAAAUGUAUUUUUCAAUUAUCCAACAAGAAAGGAUACCAAGGUUUUACAAGGAUUCACUCUUGAUAUCAAAGCCGGUAAAACUGUUGCACUUGUCGGGCACUCAGGAUGUGGAAAAUCUACAAUUAUGGGACUGCUGGAGAGAUUCUAUAAUCAAGAUAAAGGAAUGAUUAUGAUUGAUGGUGAUAACAUCCGUAACCUAAACAUCAGUUCACUUCGCGAACAAGUAUGUAUUGUAAGUCAAGAGCCAACGUUGUUUGAUUGCACAAUUGGAGAAAAUAUUUGCUACGGAACAAAUCGAAAUGUUACAUAUCAAGAAAUUGUUGAAGCUGCCAAAAUGGCAAAUAUUCACAAUUUCAUUCUAGGAUUGCCAGAUGGUUAUGAUACUCAUGUCGGAGAGAAAGGAACUCAACUUUCGGGUGGUCAAAAACAAAGAAUUGCCAUUGCACGGGCACUUGUUCGAUCUCCUUCUGUUUUACUUUUGGAUGAAGCAACUAGUGCAUUAGAUACGGAAAGUGAAAAGAUUGUACAAGAAGCAUUGGACGCCGCAAAACAAGGUCGCACGUGUCUUGUCAUUGCUCAUCGGUUGAGCACAAUUCAAAAUAGUGACGUCAUUGCGAUCGUCAGUGAGGGUAAAAUUGUGGAAAAGGGAACACAUGACGAGUUGAUAAGGAAGAGUGAAAUAUAUCAGAAAUUCUGUGAAACGCAGAGGAUUGUCGAAAGUCAAUAAUUUAAAUAUGUAUUAGAUUCUCAAACACGAGUUUACAAACUAAUUUGCAUGGAGUUUCAUUUUUUUAAUGUUCAAUUGAAACAGCUUGAUAUUUAAAAUUUAAAUAUGCUCAUCAAGUAAAAUUUUUAGAAAAUUUUGUAAACCCGUAAUAAUUUUUUUGUCAUCUAGGUACUUUGCUUUUUCCCCAAAUAGCCUUUCCCUCCAUCUUGUGUAUUUUGUGUGAAAUUCUUUGAAUUGUGAUAAUUAUCUUUGAAUUGUGAUAAUUGUCUUUUUGUUUUCUUUUUUAAAUAUAUUAUUUACCAUUUUCACUGCAUAAAUAUUUUUAUUUGAAAAAAAA